CUUUUAUCUUUUUAUUUUUUUCACUUUCUCAUAAAUACAACCCGUAGUUUUUUUUUUUUUUAUUAUUACUUUAUUUACAUCCUUUUUUUUUUUACCUCAAUAAAAAUAAAAAAAUAAAUAGAAAACCAAAAAAAUAAUAAUGGACGACACCCUAUUAAAAUACGAUCAGAGUUUAGAGGCACUAGAGAAACAACGAGAGAAUCUGGAACUGGUGAUGAAAAAAAUGGGCGCAGAAUGGGAGGAAAGUGGUGCAGGCGUGGGUUGGAUGGGCGAUAUCAUGUACUCGAAUAGCAGCACAACCAGUAUGGGUAAAUCUCCGCCACCACCCCUUUUGUUACCCUCCAUCACUUCUUCCAGUUCAGAACCUUCACAUGAUUAUUUACAAACUUUAUUAAACGUCAAUGACCAACUAUUAGCCGAAAGUUUGGCUUGUUCUAGCAUUGACACUACCAAUACCCAAUCAUCAUUUAUCAAAAAGUCUCCAUUCGUCACACCAUCCCCUUCUCAGUCUCAGGACGACACUUUGGUGGCUCAGUUCACUCCACCAAUCACACCUGAUUAAAAAAUAAAAAUAUCUUUUUCCCUGUAAUAAAACGUCACUAUCCCCCCCCCCUUUUUUUAUAUGUAUUAGCUUCUGUGUGAGAAGAAACCUGACUGAGUUUUUUGACAGCAAUUCCAAUCCCAGGUGGAUAAACGUUUCGAGCGCGUAGGACGAAAUAAAU